AUGAUAGUGUUGUUCAAUUGUUUCACUUUUUUACUAAUCAAUUAUGUGCUUGCAAAGACAAACCUCGAAACAAUUGAAGAUAGUAUCGACAAGACAACCUCUCUGACUGUAUAUACAAAUAACAAUUCACAGUCAAACCAUUGCUUACAAAUUCAGAUUGACUUGCAAGACGUUGGGGAUGAAUUGGCAAAUUUCAUAAAUUCGUCAAGAAAAUUGAAUAGUGAUCAAUUGGCAUUUUUAAGUGAUGUGUUAAGGGCCACUGAUAGCUCCAAGGUAAAGCUUUCAAUACACGAUAAGCCAGCCAAGCCAAGUACUUUUCAAUUCCUAACUCUUAGAAAUUAUUGUUCUAGCAUGAUACAGCUUUUCACUAAUUAUAUAUUAUGGUUACCUAAUCAAAUCAAAAGUGGUUGGCGUUAUUUUGCAGAUGUAUUAUCCCAAGACAUGAGGGAAGAACGGAACAAACGGAUUGAAAAUCAUUACAACGAUGCUCGAAUUUAUGGUCAAGAGGGGCAUAUACAUUACAGUUACAGACCCACCUUUAAAUUUCUCAAUAAAAUUGUCGUUGACCAUGAAACAAUUAGUGAAAUUUUAGGGAAGCGUAUCGAUAAAAUAAAAAAGGGAAGUAACAGAGUUUUUUAUCAACCUAGGAUGUACCGUUGUUUUUUAAUAAUGCGAGGUACUAAACUUAAAAGUGACACAUGGGUUGGCACAGUGGUAUUUGGUGGUGAUAGUCAUGUGUCUUCUGCUUCUUGCUCAGAGGUUGUUAGUGCAGCUUACAAUAUUGAAACGAAGAGUUUGGUGUGGUAUGACUCAGGAAAGCUCGUGUAG